AGCACCGAGCAGAUCUAACGGGAUAUUAAGGUUUAGUAACUCCUAGAUAUCUUUUUGCUCCAGUAUCUGUCUUCGUCGUGACCUUACAACAUGAUGCUUCAGUUCACAGUGCUGAUUCUUCUUUUAACAGGAUACGUACAUUGCUAUUGUACGGAUUAUAUCUUUUCGCUGAGCUGUGGGAAUUCUUUUGUUAGCGACCUAAAGGGAGGAGCUACUCUGUGUUCAGCUCUGAGCACAUACAUAGAUUGCUUUCUAAGUGAUUGCGAUUUGGAUGCAACUAUGAAAGACAGCAUUUACAAUGGUGUAUUAAAAAUCUAUGCACAAAAUGGAUACACUUGCAAUACUAAAUGGAAUGAUUUGGACUCACAAUACCAAGGUACUUCUUUGUUAGGAAGUUUUAGUGGCACAGCAGUAAAGAACCGUGCGAUCAGUGAGAGAUCCCAAACAUUCCUGGCGACAGCGUUCGUGUCUCUUGGAGCAUUGACUUUCAUAUUACAGCAAUUUUAUUUUUAAAUAAGUAGUACCUAUUCAUAUAAAAAUAUUAUUUUAAUCACUGACUGUAACGACUCGAAUAGUUUAUGAUUUUUUCACAAAGCUUUUAUCUACUCACUCUGUCUGUCUGGUAAAAAAUUUUGAAUGUGAUUUUUUCUCCCAUUUCCAAUUUUCUGAUCAAGUUGAAACUUUGCAGAAUUAUUUGAAUCUGACAAAACCAAUAAAAAAAGAACCAAUUAGUAAUUUUAUUUAUGGGGAUUAAUUACUUUAUUUGGUAUCGAAAUAAAAGUUACUUAAUGAAAGAUGUGGUUGUAUAUAUGGAUUUAAUUUCCUUAUUACGUUUUGACAGGUUUUUUACAACAAUGAUUAACCAAUGAAAUACUCCAUUGGUACUAAUUAUUUAUUUUAUUUUAUAUAGCAGAAAGGGAGCUUAGCAUUGACAUUUUCAGAGAAAUCAAUAGAUCAAUUAGCGGCUCUUUCCUUUAGAUAAGCUUUGUUUUUUUUUAAGUAUUUUUUUCUUUUUUCUUUUGCUUGUUUGUAUGGUGGAGUGUCACAAUAUUGUUAAUAAAAUCAUUUAAUUGAAAUUGAAAUGUAUGUUUUUUUCCUUAAUGUAAAUAUCAAUCAGCUAGGCAUCUUUAUUAUAAAGAACAAAUGUACUAAAUAUCUAAUACAUAAAAUCCACUUUUUAACAAAUGUAGGCAUAACAUGGAGAUUACAUCUUAUUGAAAGUUUGUGGAGACAGGCUCAUUCCUCGAUCUACAUGUUUCGAUAAUUUACAAAUAGAAAAAAAAAACAACCUAAUAAAAACUAAAAAAAAAAUAUUAAAAAAAAAAAAAAAAAAAAA